CUCAGCAUCCAAUCUCAGAUCAGGAUCAACAACCGCAACCCACCACCGCUAAUGGCCGCCUCCGCCGGCAACCGCCGCUUCAAGAUUUUCGCGGCCGCUGACGGCUUCGGUGAGCCGCUCAAGGACGCUAUCGUUGCGCACCUCCGCGCCCACUCCUCCGUCGCCGAUGUCGUCGACCUCGGCGUCGACAAGUACUACUCCGCCGCCGCAGCCGUCGCCCGCAACGUCACCUCCUCCUCAUCGUCCGACCCCUCCCUCGAAGCCCGCGGCGUUCUCGUCUGCGGCACCGGGGCCGGCGUCACCAUAUUCGCAAACAAGUACCCCGGCGUGUACGCCACUCACUGCAGCUCCGUCGCCGACGCCGUCAACACCCGCUCCAUCAACGCCUGCAACGUCCUCGCCCUCUCCGGCACGGCCACCCCGCCCGAGACCGCCGCGGUCAUCGCCGACGCCUGGCUCGCCACCCCAUUCCGUGCUCCCUGCCCCGCAUCCGGGGACGCCCCCUGGCCGGAGGACAUUCAGCAAUUCUUCGAUGUUGCCCCUCAAGAGAUGGCAUCCAUCCCCGAGGCACCUGACUCCACCUGUGCCAUCUGCUGCCUGAGGGAAGGGAUGGAGUUUGAACCGGUGGAUAUCAUGCCAGGCGGCGAGAUGCGAAUUGUGCGAGAGACUCCCACUUCGGCCUACGUCCGCUUCAAAGCUGGAAGCGUGGAGCCGGCUCACCACCACACUUUCGGCCACGAUUUGGUGGUGAUCAAAGGCAAGAAGAAGGUGUGGAACUUAACCAAGAAACAAAACUAUGACCUGGUUGAUGGGGAUUUCCUGUUCACGCCUGCUGGGGACGUGCACCGUGUCAAGUACUUGGAAGACACAGAGUUCUUCAUCCGGUGGGAUGGCCACUGGGACAUAUUUCUCGACGAAGACCUGGAAACUGCCCGCAAUGCCAUUGAUGCCGAGCUCGACAGUGACAAGUGAUGAUGUCAUGCUGAUGCGUGUCCAUGUGUUAUCUUGAUGAGGCUCAUGAAGGUGCCAUCUUGUUAUUCCUCUUUUUGUUUUUUGCCAAGUUUACUCCUACAAUGUUUGUUGAUGACAUGUAGUUGGAUUAUUUGCUUGGCUUCUGGGGCAAAAUGGUGGUGAUAAUGGUAGUAGUGUCACCCUGGUAUUUUGUACAAUCUGAGUUUUGCUGAAUAAAAUGCAGAUGCAAGAUGUUAUUCAGACUUA